CAACUCAUGUAAUGCGGCAAUUCAAGAUGACACGUGUAUUCAAAUUAGGGUUUUCUCACUUAUCAUCCGUACAUAAAAACGCCGCCGCCAAUCUUCUUCUAUGGAGCGUUUCCAGAUCUGAAGCUUGAAGUCGAGUCCGAAAUCAGCUCUCCUCUUGGUAAAAAAUGACUCAAACCAAUUUGCCAUUCCAAGUUGGUCAAAUUGUGGAGGUGAAAUCCUUCAUCAAAGGAUACCGCGGAGCUUGGUUUCGAUGCAAGAUAUUGGAAAUGACCAAUGAAAAUGGAGAACUAAGAUACAAGUUUAAGUAUCUUGACUUUCCAGAUGAACCGUUAGAUAAUGCACUAGUCUUUGAAACACCUAAAGGUGGGACGGAAAGUCAGCUAAUGCUUCGUCCCACAUAUCCACCACAUUAUCAUGAAAGUGAAUAUGUUAAUCUCGAGGGUGACGUAGAACCUCUUGUCGUCGUUCAUGAUUCUUGGAAAGUUGGAGAUUUAGUUGAUUGGUUGAGAGAUGAAAUUUAUUGGUCUGGAGAAAUUGUGGCAAUGAAGGGUAGGAGAUCAUGUCAGAUCGAAUUGCUACCUAAACCAGAGGGUGAAGGAGAGGUUUAUCUAGGUUUGUGUAAGAAUUUGCGUCCACGGUUGGAUUGGUCAGUGGAAGAUGGUUGGAAAGUGCCUUGCACUGUGGAUGGGCAAAAAUGUGCUAAGAUCGUGACAUCUAAGAAUGAAGAUGAAGGAAUUGCAGAUGAAUGCGAAACUGCAAAAGAGGAAACGAAGAAAGCCACAAAGCAAGUGGAAGGCAGUGAAGGUCUUAGGCUUAAUAUCAUGGAAUCAGAAUCAAUUGAAGCUGCUGUUUUGGACAUAGAAGAGCUUAUUGUUCGACUUGAUUGGCUUAAAGGAAAAUUAAAGCCGGAUGUUGGAGAAGGUGCAAAACCUUAUUGGAAGUAUGAAGAUUACCGCCCAUCUUCCUCGGGAAGAUGAAUUCGUAAUGGUAGUAGAAAAAAACUGAAGUUGUUCAUGAAGAAAGUAGAGAAAAUGAAGAAAAAGAAUCGACGAGUAAAAUGUGGAAGACACGACGACACGUACGUGAGUAGGAGGAAGCCAAAUAUAUUAAGUAGGUUCAGGUUGUUUAUAUCUUUUUAACUAACUCUAGAAUGCUUAAAGACUAGUUUCAAAGUUUGUACAUAUGUUUUAG